AGCAAAAGUGGUGAAGCUUGCUUUUUUGCGCCUCUAAUGUGCGGCAUCCUUCUCCAUGCCCGCUCGCUCAAGGAGAAGAGACCAACCAGCUGGCACGCCCUGACACGAGCCAUUGACGAGAGAGGGCCUGAUGCCUCGGCGAGUCGUACCUUGCGAUGCGGCGAGUGCGAGCUGGAUCUGCACUGCAGCGUCCUCGGUCUUCGCGGUAGGUCCGAAGCCACUCCGCAGCCCGUCGUCUCGUCGAACGGCCAGCUGCUCCUUUGCUGGAACGGCGAAGUCUUCGACUGGCUCGAAGAGGAAGGACAGAGUCUUGAACAAGGAGAGAAUGAUGCUCUCUGGCUCCUGGCGAUGCUGGAACGUCGAAGGGACACUGGUAUGAGCACCCAGGAAGCCCUCGUCGAGGUGCUGGGACGAAUCGAAGGACCGUACGCGGUCCUCCUGAUCGAUACCGCAACAGGUUGCAUUGUAUAUGGUCGAGACCCCCUCGGGAGACGAUCGCUAUUGACAUCAAAGAGUCAAGGAGGGAUCUUGAUCUGUUCGGUAUCUGGUGAAGGGAGCAGAAACGAAACCUUCGAGGAACUCGACUGUGCAUUCCUUUGGACCAUUGAUCUUACACACGGUGAAUUGCAACCGACCCCCUUGAUACGGUCGCAGACGGUCUGGACGCAGCGAUUGCAGCUAGCUGAGCUGGUUGAGACACCUGGAGCAACAUCUUCCUCGAGCUGUGACAAUGAUGUCGCGCUGCUCAGGGUACUGUCCGACAGUGUUCGACGAAGAGUGACGUUCAUUCGUUCACCACCGUCAGCAGACGAAACGACACCACACGUUGCGGUGCUCUUCUCAGGAGGGCUUGACUGCUCCGUCGUUGCCGUCUUGGCCCAUCAUCACCUCGCGCCCGAGCAGCCAAUCGACUUGCUGAAUGUUGCCUUUGAGAACCCUCGAGUUCUCUCUGGAAAGCAAGAUUCCGAUGGAGAUCCAUUUGCAGUACCUGAUCGCAAGACUGGCCUAGCUACGUACCAAGAGCUCCGCAAAGUCGCACCUGGUCGACAAUGGAACUUUGUCCAGAUCAACGUCGAACACAAGGACUAUAUGCGCCAGCUCGACAAAAUUACCUCGCUCAUGGUACCGUCAGAUAGUGUGAUGGAUCUGAGCAUCGGCGCAGCUCUGUACUUUUCUUCCCGACGGACAGGCAUAUUGACCGACGGAAGGCCUUAUCAAUCACCUGCAAGAGUGCUCCUCUCUGGCCUAGGCGCAGACGAGCUGCUUGGCGGGUAUUCACGCCAUCGAAAGGCCUACCGGAACCUCGGCCAGCGAGGUCUCGUGGAAGAGCUCCAAAUGGAUCUCGAUCGAUUGCCGACUCGCAACCUCGGGCGAGACGACCGGGUCCUGUCAUCCGCCUCCAUCGAGGCUCGCUACCCUUACCUCGCGAGGCCGGUCCUGCGAUUCCUCUGCUCCCUUCCCGUCUCGUCAAAGAUGAAUCUGGAUCUGCCCGAAGGUCAAGGCGACAAGAUCCUACUUAGAGACGCAGCAAGACGCCUUGGCCUGGUGCAAUGCGCAGGCGAGAAGAAGAGAGCGAUCCAGUUUGGCGCUAGAAGCGCGAAGAUGCAGGCUGGCCAAGGCGGCGUAAAGGGCCACGAGAAACUGCUGCUCUCGUCGUCAUCACCACAACGAUGA